GACUGGCCUUGGGUGAACCGAUCUGACACUUGUUGGUCCCAUUGAUUCAGCUGAGCGGCCUUCCAUCCUACCCUUUUUGUACCAUUCUGUUUUCUCCUUUCCCCCUUCCCUUGCGAGCGUCAGAGUGUGCUUGACAUACAACCCAAGCCACUGCACCAACAGGCUCUACAUAAGCAACAACCCAGCUCACCCCGACCUUGGCCCCCCCGCCCGUUUGUGGCCUGGCCUGGUGUUUCUUUUUGCUUAGGAGUUCCCGCUCUCCCAUCCUAUCUGAUCCUUUUCUUUACUCCUCGCCCUCUGCCUGUCCCACCCUUCAUCUGUCUGCGGAUGGGGGUAUUGUGCGUCUAAUCCAUCCAAUCUUCCAUACGGAUAGUUGCUCCUAUCCCGAGUUGGUAUUGGUGCUUACUCCCGAGCCUCGUUCGCUCUGUUACUCCACAGACCCUGGCCGUCUUACCUACACACGCUUCGCAUUUCAUCGUGCCCGGUUCCAUUUGGGUUGUCCAUUUUCUCACACCUUUGUUCAUCUGGCACACUCUUAGCAGCUGGUCCCUUACCGGUGUCAGCACAUCUGCUCUGGAUUCGAACCGGCACCAACGAAAACGAAGCCGAUUAUAAGAGGAGAUGCGUAUAUCUAGAACUACAAGGCAUUUUGCUUGAGGAAGUGAGAAUCUACACGACACAUUUCGGAAGUCGACGGCCGGAUACAGGGGGAGGCCUAGGAAAGCGGGAGUCGAUUCAUCAUGCGAAUAGCCACGCAAAGGAGCUGGCUGCUAGCCGGUCUGCCAUUGGCAGGUUGCGCAGCCUCACUUAAUUCUCAUACGGACAUCGUUAUGUUCAGCGACAGUGACGGAUUUACCCAGGGGACAAAAGAAAUACCAGGCAAGCCGGCCGUAAUCUGGGAGGCGACUACGUUCAGAUGGAAUAUCACAAACACGAGCGGUACCACUGUCAACACCGUCAACCUUUACAGCAACACUACGAUAGUCGAGCCUGCCUCGCUUCAAAGCCUUGCAAAAACCUCGCAGAAAAUUGGGAGCUGGCCAGAUCUAACCUUAGGUAUGGCGCCUCAGGGCGAUAUCAUCACCUUGCCAACAUCUACGUCGUAUCCCAUCAACCUCACCGUUGAGACAAAUGCUACAGGAGGCUCGGUGACAAUUGACAAUAUCUGGACUAUCCUCAACCUCAACAAUACCUCAGCCCAGCCAGCCCAGCCAGCCCCGCUGAAGCUGCUGUACUUUGAUGUUGUCUGGAAGAACGGCGGCAAAACGGGCAGGAGCUACAGCCGGCUCUUCACAACAAUCGGGAACAUUGCGCCAGACCAUACCAUACUUGAGGGUUAUGGUUUAAAUCCUUUGCUCAACAACCCUGACCCGGUCUUUCCGGAAGAACAUCCGAUCAGGGACGACUCCGAUGGGGGCGGCCAGUCAGCUGGAGUCGGAAAGCCAACCGAAUCACCUUCUCCCACUCCAGGGGCAACCUUGGCCACCCCGACCAACGGCGGCGGCCUAGUCAGCAGCGGCACCGGAGAGCCUUCCAACCUCAAGAGCAAGAAAGGUAUCUCCAUUGGCGCCAUCGUUGGAAUCGCCAUAGCCUGCGGCCUCCUCGGCCUCGCUCUCAUCAGCGGCAUCGUCUUUUUCUGCCUCCGGCGGCGCCACAAGCAAAACGCCCUUCGAGACGGCACCAGUCGCGGUGGGCCUUACGGGGGCUUCGCCAGCGGCGGCGGUCGGAACGGCGGUGACGAGCUCAUAGCCGAGAAGGAAGCCAACGCGGGCGUCAUCCACGACGUGACGAGCGCGCCUCACUCGCCUUACUCUGACAACCUCGUGCGAAUGGGUGACGCCGGUGCCAACAGGAAUAGCGGUAGUGUCGUUGUUCCUAACAUUGAUUCUGGCGUUCCCCCUCAGGUGGUUCUUCCCGGAGCAGAUGGGAGACUAGAAGGAGAUGGAGACAGCCCGGCUUCGAACGCCCCGUCCUACCACAUGAUGCAGCAGCAGCAGCAGCAGCAGCAGCAGACACCGCACGAUCAUCAGUCUGGAAGGUCUUUUACCAUGUACUCUGAUCAUCAGUCCGGAGGGGGAGAAGGAGGAGGGUCGCCUACCACUCUGCACAGCGGCGGUGGCGGCGCACCAUCGUUCACACAUGGGGGAGCAGGCACUGAUAGCAACCGGGGUAGUCUGAUCAGCCAGCAGCAGCAACAGGGUAGGAGCUUGUCAACGCCGUAUGCUCAUUUGGUCGAGGAAGGCAUGACAGAGGAGGAAAUCAGGAGGUUGGAGGAGGAAGAGCGACAGCUUGAUGUGGCCAUUGAACAGCACGCGGGAGGGCAGAGGGGCUCCAGGCACCUAUGACGAAUGCUUUGGAAAGUGAAGAUAACCGAGCAAAGUAGUUAAGGAAGAGGGUGAUGAUAUGAGUAUUUCCUUUUUCAUUGUUGAUCUUUGGGAAGUUACGUAUGUCCGUAUCAGUAGGGGCGAUGCUACAAUAUCUGAUGGUUAUAAAUCGAAAAAUCUUUGAUCAGCAACUCUAUUUCCAUUUUCUGUUUUAUUCUGCGAACAGUUAUGGAGCGAUUCAGAGAAUGUGAAUGCAUCGAGGAAACGGAGUGAACGUACCGAAUGGUGGUCUCAGAGCCAUGGCCUAUGUCAUGUCCGAAGGAUCCGCAUGAAACAAGAAAAUCA